AUGUCAUCCGAACCAGGUGUCCCGACACGCCCGCCGGCGGAGCCAACGACUCAGGUGGCUGAUGCUGGUUCGUCCACGGAAACGAGGAAAAAGAAGAGUAAGAAAAAGGGCGCAGCUGUUUCCAAAGAAUCCAUAGAUAAAAUGCUGGCGGAUAUGAAGCAGAGGAGCACCCACCCUCCCCCCAGUCUCACACCCGCUCCCCAACCAGCUCCCCCUCAACCAUCUGCUCCUGAGCCACCCGCUCCUGAGCCACUUGUGCUACCUGGAGGCACCUCCACCUCACCGGCCAUUGCCGCCAGCGCUGGUGUGGCAGCAUCCAUCUCAACGGCCCCCUCCUUUUCUGCUUUGGCAGCAGAAGAGCCGUCGCCCCAGCCAUCAUCUGUCCCUGCAGCACCCAAGCCUCCGACAACGACAACGACGACACCGGACAGCCGCCAGGCUGCUGAAGACACUGAAAUGGCUGGUCCCUCGGAUGACGCCGGAUCCGGUGCCAAGCGUCGUAUGUCGGGCCCAUCUCCAUCAAAGCCGGAUGCCAAGAGACCGGCUCUGGAGGACUCGGGCAGACCCGUGGCUGCGCCAAGGCCAACUGAGGACAUCCGACCAAACGUACAGGCUGCACUGCCAAUUUCAAUGGAUCCGCCCCCGAUCUCGCUCACACCGGUGCCUGGUUCGACAACGGCGCAAGCCCGUCCGGUGCCAGUUCUUCCGGCGUCCAAGGACUUUGGUGAUCAGGUCGAUUACCUCCUCAACUUUGUCGAUGGUGAAGCCCUCAGUGCUUUGUUCGCGUCUGCCGAAGAGACGUUCAAAGGUCAAGGUGUGCAGGGGAUGACCAUCCUCCAACAGGCAGUGCAGAAGCGGGUUGCAGAGCGUCCGGCUGGGCCAAGUGGCACGCCCGUCAGACAGGCUAACUUUUACUUCGGGAUCAACGCCCCCCUGAGCAUGCCCCCUCGUCGAGUUUAUUACGAGUUUUGA